CCAACUAUCAUCAUCAACCAGCCAUGUCUUCUUCUUCUUCUUCUUCUUCCAACAUUGCUUUCUUCUUCAUCAUCACAUUACUCUCCACCCUCGCUUCCGGUCUAGCACCCACCACCACUCCCUCCUCCGAUGCACCAAAAUCCUCCCCCGUCCCAGCUUCUUCACCAAAAGCAUCCCACGCCGCCACUCCCCCUCCAACCACCACCGCCACUCCUCCUCCAACCACUACUUCGACUCCCCCUCCAACCACCAGCACUGCUCCCUCUCCCACUGAGUCCCAAUCACAAUCUCCAACCUCCACCGCUACUCCCCCUCAGGCCUCGUCUCCAUCUUCUACAACACCAGCCUCCGAAGAAUCUCCAGCUGCUUCUCCGACAGAAUCUCCUCCCGCUCCCGUAUCUCCCACCACCUCUCCAUCCAUGUCACCCUUUGCUUCUGGACCUACUGAUGACGCUGUCGCCGCCGAUGGCCCAGCUGACGCUCCUGCGAGUUCUGCCCCCGCCGCUUUCUUCAGAGUCGCCGUUGGAGGAUCCGCCGCGGCUUUCGUCGCUGUUGCUUUGCUAAUGUAGAUGUGAUCCGCGCGACAUGCGUAUAUAUAGUUAGGAUUUGAUAGUAUAUACUAAU